GGUGCGGAGAGGUUGCGUUCAGAGUUGUACGAGAAUGGUGUGGGUUGACACUUUUUGCGGCUGCAUUUCCACCAGGAAGGGGAGUGUUGUCAUCGCGACCCUCUCCCUCGUCGUCGCAAUCCCAUGCCUCAUUUUCCUGAGUAUUUCGGUUCACAGUAUUGCGAAGUUGGGCUACACGUACGACAAGGUUGGGAAUGCGAUCACGAUCUCGGCCCUCGUGCUCAUUGCCCUCUAUGUUCUUAGCUCCCUCUUCCUCCUUUGUGCUGCGGAAAACAAUGUGAGGGGUCUCCACUUGCCUUGGCUGAUUGUACAUCCUCUGGCGACGGUGGGGCUGCUGGCCUUCUUGGGAUACUUUGCCUACUUCUCCUUCAUUUACCCUCCUCUCGCCCAAUACAACAUUCCUAUCGUCUUUGCAAUGUUCAUCGUUUUCUGGAUCCUGACCUAUCUGUGGGUGGUGGUGGUCGGGAACUACCAGAGACUGGGGAAGACGGACUCGGAGGAGGCGACGCGCCUGCUUGUCGGGUGGGACGGCAUGGCGUACCCGCAGGAGAUGUCAAGGCCGAUGACGAAGGCCUGGGCCGGGGGGAAGGUGGCUCCUGGAGAUGUCGACAAUAAGAUCUCGGAGGUCGUUACUGAAUAGGAUGAGCACGUGGGGUAGGUGAGACGAGAUCCGUCCCUGCUAUCAAGUCCGCUCCCCACUUAACAUCUCAAAACCAAGAGUUUCGAAACGUAGGUGAGGGGGCGGAUUUGUGUCAUCUACCCUAUGCCUAUGCCUUCAAACCAUCAACACCUUCACGGCACGAUUAGAAAAAUGAUUUUGGGAGCACCGAUUUAAAUCACCUUUGAAAUGGAUCCGUGAACUCGAAUCACCGGGUUUCGAAACGAAACUACCGCUGUCACGGCGUUGCACGUAUAAAAAGGCAAUAAUAAGGCUCUGCCUCAUUUCUUGAUUUUGUCUAAGUCAAAAGUUGGGCCUGUCCAAACCUCCUGCAAAAGCAGAAUUGCAUGUGAUUCAGACGUAAAAGAAGAAGUCUUGCAGAAAGGAGAGACCGUCAUCCACGGCUGGGUGCUACUCGAUCGGAGGUUAUUGCUGAAAUGUUUAUCUUUUGAUAAACUUUGUUACAAGAUGAAGUUCGUUGGAGGUCAACGUUCAUCACAUUUAUGUGUUGCGAAAAAGCGUCUGGAAUUUUGGAGAAGUAUUAUUCUGAAAAUUUGGAUACAUGCCUCCGCUAGCACACAACGACUACGUAUCCGGCCUCGUUUCCAACACUGUACGCGUAGAAACGCUGCGGGAUUAUUUUCGGCUUGAGUGGGGGAACACGGACCAGGCAUUUUAGGAACACGAUGUUCUUCACGUUCUGCACGUGCAAAUUAUACACUAAAAGGUCAUGCCUUUGUAAAGCAAGGAAAAAUUAUGUUGCCGCAUAUAUAAAAAUGCACUUUAUUUUCAAUAUCCCUAUUCCAAGAAGUGUAGAAAAUCGUUCUGCCCUCAAAGUGACUUUCUUCUCAUAAUUGGUGUCAAGUGCCUAAUUACGAAUAUUUCCUUGCAUUAAAAAAAUGUACCAC